AUGGUGCAAUCACCAUCUUCGUCAGCAGCCUCUUCGGCAUCAAGCAUCAACCGACAGAACUUGGACCCUGUCACGCGCACUGCGCUUCGCUAUACCAUCAGCGCAAAAGAGUACGAAGUCCUCCACCAAUACCUCGCAUCACGCGCCCCUUCGGUGCAGAAACGAGCUCUUCCACCACGACGAUUCGAAGCGAUUGUGGAAACCAAGCACGAUGACAGUGUUUCGACUGUGCGAGCGAGUCUGCGAGUCUUUAUCACUGCUUAUCUAGGUCUCAAAGGAUGGGAUGUCAUUUCACGCAGACUCCGGCCAGCCAAUACAAGUGCAGGAAAUGCAAACCCGAAAGCAUCUCGCCUGCGCAUGUCGGCCUCGCUGUCCUUGAUCCUGCUGUUCCAUCGUCUGCUGCACCGCUUCUUCCUCCGUCUCCGUGCUUCGCUACUAGAGCCUUCUGCUCGUCCCUUCCGACGCCGUAACCCUCGCAUCAGUCUUGGUCUGACUUCCAAAUACACCCCGGCUGUUGGCGCUGCAUUGUCUGGUCUCUUCCUAGGCGUCUGUCCUGCCUCCCAACUGCGUAUCAGUGUCGCCAUCUACGUCUUUAGUCGAUCUAUCGAGUUCGCUUACAAUGCUGCCGAGGAACAGGGCAUCUGGGGCAAGAAAGGAAAGCCGGACUGGGUCGGCAGCUGGAUGCUGAUGCCCUUUGCUUGCGGUCAGCUCUUGCACGCCUUCAUCUUCGACCGCGAAUGCUUUCCCACAAACUACGGCAGCUUCAUCUUGAAGCGCAGUCCCGAGUACAUUCAGCAAUGUCCGUCUACAUAUCCCAGCGACAAGACCUGGCCCGCCACCUUCGAUAUUGUCGAUGGCCUGGCCGAAAUCUCGCGCCUUCGCUGGCCAUCCUUCGUCUCUCCAAUCCUCUUCCCAGCGGCCAAACAACAUCUACCUGCUUCCAUAUCUCACCUUUCGCCCAUCACAGCCCCGGCACACCCUGCGAUUACCAAUACCUCAUGUGCUCUGCUACAUCCGCACGACCCAUCAUGCAUGCGAACAUAUGUCAAAUACUUCAUCGCUGCUUUCCCAUCUACCGCCCGCUUCUUUACAGUCAUCUACGCUGUCUUCGCCCUCCUAUCCUACAAAUCAUUCAUUCAAAACCCUAUGCAGCAGCUCAACCGCCUAGCUGCAAGAAUACUCCGCAUGUCUCUCUUCAUCACCGGGUCCAUCGGCACAGCGUGGGGAACCAUUUGUUUAUUCGCAACCUACUUGCCUCGUACCACCCUGGCAACACAACGCUGGUUCCUCAGUGGCUUCAUCGGCGGUCUCUGGGCGUUUGUUGCGCGAAGAGGUCAACGUAGCAGCUUCAUCUACUCUGCACGUAUGAGUCUGGACUCGUUCUGGAAGGUUGGCGUCAAGCGAGGCUGGUGGAAGGGUGUCAAGGGUGGAGAUGUCAUGCUUUUUGCUGCCAGUCUGGCACUUAUCGAUGCGCUGUACGAGACAAAGCCCAACGCUGUCAGAGGUGCUAUGAUUCGCAAGGCUAUGGGUGUGUUGAGAGGAGAGGGUUGGGUUGAUCGAACCAUUACCCAAGAAGAGCAAAGGGAUCCAACAGCAGAGCCUGUGGACAAGAAGGAGGCGUAG